UGGCGCAACGAGUGACAGUGACAUAAUUAAGUAAGGUUAUGUAAUAAAAAUGUUUUGAAAUUUAAAAUGUGAUUUAAAAUAUUGAAAUGUUUGAGGUAGUUUUGUAGUUCAUCGAGGAUUAUUGGAUUUUUACGAUCUAGAAUUAACUAUGAAAAUUAAUUUUCUUAUUUGUUAGUAAGUUAACGAAAUACUGUCGUUAUAUUUGGUCUUUAUCAUGGAGUUCUUAAAAUAUCACGGAUUAAAAAGUCAUCUAAAACAUUAUAGUAUUUUAAUGAGGAAACUAUCCUAUUUCUCCAAGGAUACUAAUUACAAUGUAGUGGUAAUAGGAGGAGGACAUGCUGGAAGUGAGGCUUGUGCAGCAGCUGCAAGAAUGGGAGCUAAAACCUUGUUGAUAACUCAUAAAAGAGACACUGUUGGUGAAAUGUCUUGUAAUCCUUCAUUUGGCGGAAUUGGGAAGGGUCAUUUAAUGCGUGAAAUUGAUGCUCUGGAUGGUGUAUGUGGUAGAAUAUGCGAUUUAUCUGGGAUACAAUAUAAAGUUUUAAAUAGAAGCAAAGGUCCUGCAGUUUGGGGUUACAGAGCUCAGAUAGAUAGAGAAUUAUAUAAGAAACAUAUGCAAGAAGAAUUGUUUGACAAUACCAACAAUCUUAGUGUCCUUUUUGCCCCUGUUGAAGAUUUAAUAAUUGAACACUCGCAUACUGAAAACAAUACAAAUAUUGCAAAGUGUAAAGGCGUCGUGUUAAACGAUGGUACAAAAAUAAAAGCUGACUGCGUGGUGAUAACUACAGGGACAUUUUUAAGAGGCAGAAUAAAUAUAGGUCUCAAUAUUAGACCAGCUGGGCGUAUAGGCGAUGAACCAGCUAUAGGUCUAGCAAAUACCUUAGACUCAUUGAAUUUAAAAAUGGGACGGUUAAAGACUGGUACACCUCCGAGACUAAAAGCCGACACUAUAGAUUACAGUCGGUGUGAAAAGCAGUUGGGAGACGACCCGCCCCUACCUUUUUCCUUUAUGAAUGACUCAGUUUGGAUAGAUCCUAGAGAUCAAGUUACCUGCUAUAUCACUAUGACAAAUUCAAAAAUAGAAAGUAUCGUUAAAGAUAACAUACAUUUAAAUCGACAUGUUUUUGAGGAGGUCACUGGACCAAGGUACUGUCCAAGCAUAGAAUCGAAAGUUCUCAAAUUUGGUGGUCGAGAACAUCAGAUAUGGCUGGAACCGGAAGGCUUGAAUAGUGAUGUGAUAUAUCCAAAUGGUUUAUCGUGUACAUUGCCAGAAGAUUUGCAAGAGCAGUUAAUUCAUUCCAUACCUGCAUUAGAGAAUGCGACAUUAUUAAGAGCAGGCUAUGGCGUUGAGUAUGAUUAUGUCGAUCCAAGAGAAUUGCGUAAUACAUUAGAAGUUAAAAAGGUUGAAGGUUUAUUUUUAGCUGGACAAAUUAAUGGCACAACUGGAUAUGAAGAGGCGGCAGCUCAAGGUAUUUUAGCGGGGAUUAAUGCCGGUGCUAAGGUCUUGCAUUCUGCACCACUUAUAUUGAGUAGAACUGAAUGCUAUAUAGGCGUUAUGGUUGAUGAUUUGACUACGUUAGGGACCACAGAGCCAUACAGGAUGUUUACAAGUAGAGCAGAGUUUAGGAUAACCUUAAGGCCUGAUAAUGCAGACCAAAGACUAACGCCCAAGGGUUUCGCUGUAGGUUGCGUUUCGAAAGAAAGGUAUACAAGAAUGAAAAAUUUAGAAGAAAAAAUGAUUCAUGGAACGAAGCUUUUAAAAAGUAUAAAUAAAACGGUAAAACAAUGGCGGCAAACUCUUGGAGUAUCUGAUAGUAAAAGCCAUUUACAGAGAAGUGCCUGGGACAUGAUAGAUGUUAAUAAUGGAAAAAUAUCGAUUGAUAUGUUAGCUGAAGCUGAACCUUCAUUACUCGAACUAAAACGCGAUCCUGUUUUAGUAAAUCGGUUGCAUAUUGAAAAUCUCUAUGAGCAUGCAGCUGAAGAACAGUUCCAAGAAAUCAAAGAGAUGAGACAAAAUGAAUCUCUGGUCUUACCCAAAGAUCUCAACUAUAACUCUUCACAAUUAAGUUUGAGUUUCGAAGAGAGGGAGAAAUUGUCAAUAGUGCAGCCUCAAACUAUUGCCGCUGCCAGUAGAAUACCGGGCAUAACUCCUUCUUCAGUUUUCAGAUUGUUAAAAUAUGUAAAACAACAAAGUGAAGUUAAAAACAUGUUAAACGUUAAUGAUAUGUAAAUAAAUAAGAAUAAUUUUGA